CGAGCAGCUGAAAAUAAUUACAUCUAUAGUUCCAUAUAUAUUUAGUGGGAGCCAACAGCCCUUCGAUCGAUCCUAAAGCUAGGAUCAUGAAUAUCCAAGCACAUAGCACGUUUGAGAGAAUUAAACCAUUCCUUGCUGUUAUAUUCUUGCAGUUUGGUUUUGCAGGGAUGGAUGUUCUCUCUAAGGCUGCCCUAAACCAGGGGAUGAGCAAUUAUGUACUCGUUGUCUACCGCCAUAUCGUUGCCUUUGUUGUCAUUGCCCCUUUUGCAGUGUUUCUAGACAAGAAAGUAAGACCAAAGAUGACACUUGCAAUCUUCACCAAACUAAUAGUGCUCAGCUUACUGGAGCCAGUAAUUGACCAGAACUUGUAUUUUUUGGGGAUGAAGUAUACAACAGCAACUUUUGCAGCUGCUAUGACCAAUAUUCUUCCUGCCCUUACUUUUAUAAUGGCAUGCAUCCUUAGGCUUGAGGUGCUAAGAUUCAAAAGUAUCCGUAGCCAAGCUAAGGUGGUUGGGACCAUAGCAACAGUUGCAGGAGCCAUGGUCAUAACACUGGUGAAAGGCCCAAUUAUCGAGUUGAUGUGGACAAAAGGAAGAAGUGGCCACCAACAGCAAAGCAGUGGAGCAAAUCUUCAACAUUCAAUCAAAGGUUCCAUAAUGAUCACAAUAGGAUGCUGCAGCUGGGCUUGUUUCAUGAUUCUGCAAGCAAUCACACUAAAAACAUACCCUGCAGAGCUCUCUCUUACAGCUUGGAUAUGCCUGUUAGGGUCUCUCGAAGGCACCGUAGUGGCACUAGUAAUAGAGAAAGGAAACACUGCCAUUUGGUCUCUAAAUUGGGAUGUUAAAUUGCUGGCAGCUCUCUACAGUGGUGUAAUCUGUUCGGGGUUGACUUAUUACAUUCAAGGAGUGAUAAUGAAAGACAGAGGUCCUGUUUUUGUGACAGCUUUUAGUCCCCUAUGCAUGGUUAUUGUUGCUGUUAUGGGCUCCUUCGUUCUGGCAGAGCAAAUGUAUCUUGGAAGGAUACUUGGUGCCAUUAUCAUUGUAGUAGGCUUAUAUCUUGUAGUGUGGGGUAAAAGCAAAGAUUACAAGCUAUCCUCCACCCCAUACACCAAAGAGCAAACAGCAGUACCAGAAAAGAAAAUCAUCAUAAACGCAGAUAGCAGUGGAAAGGAAAAUUUUAAUCCUGAGGUGGUGGCAAUUGACGUGUCUGGUUAUGGAGGGGAAAAUGGAAAUACAGAUGGACAUGAACGAGAUGGGCAAAGGAAUCUCAUCUCUGUCUAACUUAUAACUUUCCUUUAAAUGAUCUCAUGCAUUCACCUCCAUAGUCAUGAUAAGGGUAAACACUACAGCAAAAAUAUUGAACUUGGCUGGCUGCUGCAUGCAUGCCUCUUUCAAUAUUGCGUAGAUUACGUACUAAGCUGGGUUUUCCAUCGAGUUUCUGAAUUAAUUGUCUCUAGCAAUGAUGCAAGAAAAAAUGACAAUUGACAUGAAAAUCUAAUGAUACAGAGUUUGAUGAUCAA